AUGGGGUUCUUGGGUAAGAGUGUAUUGUUGAGUCUCCUUGCACUUUGGUGCUUCACUUCUUGUGCUUUCACUGAAGAAGUGAACCAUGUGACCCAAACGCCUUCCUCUGCUCCUGCUCCAUCUCCUUACCACCACGGCCACCACCACCCACAUCCUCCCCAUCACCACCACCCUCACCCACAUCCACCGGCAAAAGCCCCUGUCAAGCCGCCAGUUUCUCCACCUUCUAAACCUCCGGUUAAGCCUCCAGUUUACCCUCCCAAAUCCCCGGUUAAGCCCCCAACUAAACCUCCGGUUAAGCCACCAGUUUCUCCACCAGCCAAACCUCCAGUUAAACCUCCGGUUUACCCUCCGACCAAAGCUCCAGUUAAGCCCCCAGUCAAACCUCCGGUUAAGCCACCAGUUUCACCCCCAGCCAAACCUCCGGAGCCCCCGGUUUACCUCCGACCAAAGCCCCUGUUAAGCCCCCCAGUCAAACCUCCGGUUAAGCCACCAGUUUCACCACCGGCCAAACCUCCAGUUAAGCCUCCAGUGUACCCGCCGACAAAAGCCCCUGUUAAGCCCCCAACCAAAGCCCCGUUAAGCUCCGGUCUCCCUCCAGCCAAGCCACCGGUCUCCCCUCCAGCUAAGCCACCGGUGAGGCCACCUUUACCACCAAAAUUCAACAGAAGCCUAGUUGCCGUUCAGGGUACGGUUUUCUGCAAAAGCUGCCAAUACGCUUCUUCCGAUUCACUCAUUGGCGCCAAACCCGUUGAAGGUGCUGUUGUGAGACUACUGUGUAAGAGCAAGAAGAACAUAGUCGCAGAGACCAAAACGGACAAGAACGGAUACUUCUUGUUGUUGGGUCCGAAGACGGUGACGAAUUACGGGUUCAGGGGAUGUCGUGUGUAUCUUGUGAAAUCAAAGGACUACAAAUGCAACAAAGUGUCAAAGCUUUUCGGUGGAGAUGUCGGUGCCGUACUCAAGCCGGAGAAAAGGAAGGGGAAAUCUGCGGUGGUCAUCAACCAGCUCAUCUACGGUAUCUUUAACGUUGGACCGUUUGCGUUCGACCCGGUCUGCCCCAAAUGAAGAUGCUGAUGCUCUGUUACUUUCUUGAUUAUGUCAUUCUCGAAAGAGUUCAAGGGAGAGAGUUAUGUGUUUAUGCGUUCGAAUUGUAAUGUUAGCUAUAGUUUUAAGCUAAAUGCUUGUGUGUUUUAUUUAUGAGUGUGUCCUUAAGUGGCCUCGUUUGGAUUUCGUUUGAAUAAAAAAGUCGUCAGCUUCAAGAA